GUGUCAAUCAAUAAAAAUAUCCGUCAUGAGUGAGGCCUGUGGGCAGUUGAUUGAUAUUGAUAUCAGAAUUGUCGAACUAUCAUGACUUUAAGAUUAACAAAAGUCUAGGUCAAGAUCUACGCAAAUUUACAACAGAUUUCAUUGAAUCGAGUCUGACAGGAGCUCGAGCUCCAGUCCUGUUUUUAGCCGAUCGAGCAAGGCUGAGGCCCUCACUCUUAGACAGCGACCCGUCUCUGGCCCGGUCACGGUACAUGCGUCGUCUGGAGCUGUGCAGCAUAGACUAACUCCAAUUCCAGCCCUCUGCUCUGAAGUUUGAACUGCACUGGAACUGCAGUGCUACGUGCUUAGCGAGGCCAGCGCAGGUGUGACGUGAAAUCAAGAUGCAAAGGAUAAACUAGCAGUGAAAAAGAGACCUCUUUGAAGUUGUUGAUCUCUCAAUAACAUUUUAUCAUCAAGAUGGGAGUGGAAUCUGAAUUUGACACCAUAUUUGACCUUCUUGAUGCGAGACAGAAAGGCUACAUUGAAUACAAUGAGAUUCUCGACUUUUACCAGGCAUUCUAUUUUAUGCCUGUGGCAAGAGAUCAAGUACAUGAGGCCAUAAAGCAUGUAUGUGGCAAAGAAGCUGAUGGGAGAUGUAGGAAGCGUAAGUUUGUAGAUGUUGUGGUUGAACUGGAGCGUAGACGUCAGGUUGUGCAGGGAUCAUGGUGGGACUUCAAAGCUCUAGAUACAAAGGAUGCAGAUAGAAUUUCAGUAAAGGAAGGUCUGUUUCUGAUGAAAGCCACUCACCAGGAGCACUUCACUACCAUCACAUGGCAAACCUUCCUUGAAUCCCGCUCCCACCAUCACGAGGACAUCAGCUAUGAUGAGAUCCGCAUGUGGCUCUGCAACUGGCCGCUUCAUGGGACAAGCUGUGGAUACGAUGAAGUCAUUGCGAUGGGAGAGAAGCUGGAUAAGGAGAAGAAGAGACAGGAUAUGCAGAGGAGAAAGAAAGUCAUGAAUCUAGAGGAUGAUUUCAUCAAGGCUAUUGAAGCUCAGGAAAAGCAGCAAUACAGUAACAAGUUCAGGAAUGAAGCCAAGCGGAAAUUGAACAGGUGGGUCCAGCUUGGAGUAGAGUCACUGUUGUUUGAUGAUGGAUACGAUGCCUUUGAAGGAGAUGGUACACAGAGAAAUACAGUCUCAGUCCAGGAUCUCAUGGAAGCUAUGGAAGAGAAAUAUGACAUUCUGAGAGAGAAACUUCUAUGGGAAGCCACUCAGAAACAUGUCGGUGAGAGCAUCUGGUCAUCUAUGAGAGAGAGUGAGCAUGAAGAACAGGUCUUGAGAGUGAAGACCAAAGAAGCUGAAUAUAGAGUCAAAGGUGACUUUGAGAAGAUCACUCAGCUGUCUGUCUCCUACCAGCUCUACCCCAGCACUCUGAUCUCCAUGAUGGGGUAUGAACGAUUAGCCCAUCUCAAGUACCUCAAGGAACUCCAAGAUCGGGAGAAGAAGAUGAAAGCUGACGGCAAGACAUCUGAUGAGAUGUACCAGGUCUUUGUAGAGGAACACAUGCAGAAGAUGCAAGGGAGAGCCACAGCAGGCCAACUUUUGAUCGACCUUCACAAGCGCCAUGUGACUGAGAGAGACUUUGUCCUCUCCUUGCUGAAGGGCAGUCAAGGUCGUCCAUUGUUUGCAGCCGAGAUGGUGACGGAGUAUGUCUUCUAUGUGACCCAGCAACUCAUCGCUGCCUUAGAGCCGGCUCAGCUGGAGUACUCGGCCAUGGCCAUGGGCAUCUCUGAGAGGACUCAGGACCUCAAAUCAUCCUGUUAUGACUAUGACCGUGACUUGCAUGAGCUGCUUGGUCUGCACAGACUUCAUCUGGAUGGUGCGUCCAAGCGCCCAGAGAAGCCCUCAGGGGAGCAUUUCCCCAUGGAAGGCAGGAACCGUGGCAUUGUGGACCUGCAGGUUGAGAUCAUGAGGGCAGUACUCCGCAAACAAAUCCAUGAGAGGAGUAUGAUGAGUUACAUGCUACAGGGCAAAGAGAGCACUGCAUGGAGAGCAGCAGCUAACAGGAGACCUAGCAGAGAGGCCAAGGAAAUGCGCAUCAACGAGCUGAGGACACUCUGCUCAAACUGGAGACAAAGCCCUAUUGAGUACAUUAGGACCAAACAGAAUGCCCAUGUGAAGAUGCUGCUGGAGGGGACAUGGUUGUACCAUGCCAACAAACAGCUUGACAUCCGUGGGGGUCACAACCUGACCCUGACCCAGGUCUCUGCCAAUGUGAUGGCUGAUCUUCAGCAGCAUCAUUCCAGAGAGCUGGAGAGAAUCCUGCUAGAGAUGCAACACAAGAACUGCAAGGAUCUGCUAGCUAUCUGGCGUCGUGAGUACAGUGCAUUGAAUGAAGAGUUCCUGGAUGGCAUCUCAGCUGUCAUCCUUGGCACCUUUGAGCUCUCAUUUGAAGAGCUGGAGAUUGUAGCAGCUCUGGAAGCAAAAUAUGAUGUCCUCAGGGACAAGUUGUUGAUGGAUGCCCUGAUGAAGCAGUACGGAGAGGCAGAAUGGAAGAAGAUGUCUGAAGGGGAGAGACAGCGCCUUCUGAUCAAGCUCAGGCUUGAGGAGAGACGUCUCAGGCAGGAGGGCAAGUUUGAACAGGCAGCCAAACUUCUCGGAGAUAGCAUUAAGGACAAGGAAGCGCUUCAGCAGUUGAUGGGAAAGAAUCGUGAGGAAUUCCAGAAGAAACUCCAGCAGCGAUUGAUGGAGAGAGAGAAGCGUAAGGCCAUGGGACUAGACUCUGAUACAGAGAGUGAUGCAGAAGUGGAAGAGGAAAAUGCAAAGCGAGGCAACAUCCUCAAGGACCUACAGCAGAGACAUGAUGAGGAACUGAAUGCCAUCAUGAUGUUGCUACGACAACAACAGAACCAGUACCUGAGUGAGAGGGAACGUCAGGAGCUGCUGCUGAGACUAAGGAGAGAGAAACGAAGAGCAGCCAAGGAAUCCAACUUUGAUGAGGCAGCCAUCUUGCUUGGGCUGGCUGAAAGGAACAAAGCAAACAUGGAGGAAAAACUGAAGGCAGAACGGGAACGUCAACUGAAGCUAGCCAGAGAAAGAAUUGCAGCAAGGAAGAGGAAAUCAGGCCAGGUUAUGGAUGAUGACUUUGAUGAUCCCAGCUUACCUCCAAAAGGUGAUGUGGAGGCUUGGAGAGAUGCUGUCCUUCGCGAGAUGGAUCACAAGCAUCGAGCAGAGCAGGAACUCCUUGUUACCAUAGUGAUGGAUGAAGGCAGUGAGGAUGUUCGAGAUGCUGCCAGGAAGAUGGGCAAAGAGGGUCGCCAGAAGCGUCUCUUAUAUCUACGGUCCCAGGCCGAGGGACUUAACUUGGAGAAGAAAGAAGAGAAAGAGGAGAACCGUGACAUCCUGGAGGAGGCUGGAGCCAUCAAGAGUAUCCUGCGUCAUCGGACCCUGCAGGAGCAGCUCAAAGCAGAGAGCCAGGAGGUGGAGCAGGAGGAGGUGACUACCACUCUCCUGGCUGAUCUCCAGGAGGAGCAAGAAAAGGAGAGUGAAGUCAUCAUGGCAACUAUCUUCACCAUGAACGAGGAGCAGCUUUCUCGUCUUCGAAUGGAUCAGAUCUGGUCUCGUCACAACGAACAGGGGAGCAAUGCCUUGGUUGUACUCACACAGUAUGAAGGUGUAGGAGAUGAAGACAGUCUCUUAAAGGCCUUGGACAAGAAGUAUGACACCCUGCGAGAAAAGAUCCUGAAAGCUGCCCUUAUAAAGAAGGUUGGAGAAGAGAUAUGGGACGAGAUGAGUGAAGAGGAGAGACAUAAGAUGCUCUAUGAGCUCAAACAACAAGAACGAAGGCUGAGAGCCGAUGGGAAGACAUCCGAGAUCUCCGAGCAGCUAGGAAUCGUAGUCUCAUCAGAAGGUAUCAAAAGGUUGAUGGGUACAGAGAGAACCCAAUAUGAAGAGAAGAGAAGGCACAAGAUGGAACUGAGAAAAAGAAGGUUGUCACAAGGUUUAGACCCCAUUCAAGAAGGUGACGAUGAAGGCAUCUCUGAAGACGAGGAGGAUGAAGGAGACAUUGAUAUUCUGACUCAGAUUCAGAAGCGUCAGGAUGCCGAGCGGGACGCCCUCAUUGCUCAACUCCGGGGAGUGGAUGCCCAGUACCUCACUGAGCGAGAGCGUCAGGCGGAGCUUGCUCGGCUGAAGAGGGAGGUGCGUAAGGCAAGGAUGGAAGAUGGGUUCCAUGCUGCGGCGUUGGUGCUAGGUCUGGCAGAGAGACAUCAGGCUGCUGCUGAUGAGAGACUAAAGCAGGAUCGUAGACGUCAGGAGCAGUUAGCCAAGGAGCGUUUGGAAGCUGCGAGGAAGAAGAAGAAACUUGGAACCAUCCAGGAAGAAGAGGAGGAAGAGCUUGAUGUGGUGGACAAUGGGGACAAGGCUGCCAUGCAGGAUGCUGUACUGAAGAUGUUUGAGAUCAAGCAUGAGAAAGAGAGAGCAGCUCUGCUUCGUCUCCUCCAGCAUGAGUUCAGUGAAGAGGAGAGAUUUAUUGCAGAGAAUCUCAUGAAUGAGUCUAGAGCUGACAAACAACAAGAGAUCUGGAAACAGAGAAAGCAACUCGACUUGAAUGACAAAGAGGAGCAUUUUAAGCUCCUCUUGGAAGCAGCCAUCCUGAAGCUAGUGUCUCGUCGUAAGCUGCUACAGUCCACAAGUUCAGAGGUCACUGCAGAUGAGGUCAUUGUGUCCAUUAUGGCUGAUCUACAGCUUCAUCAAGACAAAGAGAGCGAGGCAAUCAUGCAGACCCUUCCUGAUAAGGAGCUUGGAGCGCUGAAGAAGCUUCAGAAGGAGUCCCUGGAGGCCAUCAGACUGGAGAAACACGAGAACGUUGCCGUGGUGAUCACCAGUACAGACCUUGGUACUCAGGCUGAUGAAAGUCAGCUGGUGGAAGCUCUAGAAGCUAAAUAUGAUGCUCUCAAGGAUAAGCUACUUGCUGAUGCACUCAUGAAACAGAUGGGUGAAGGUGAAUGGGCUCGUCUAUCAGAGAAAGAACGUCAGCUACGUCUGAUGAAGCUCAAGCUAGAGGAGCGGCGACUGAGACAGGAGGGCAAGAUGGAUGAAGCAGCUGCCCUCCUGGGAGAUGCUCUCAAAUCACAGAACGCCCUCGAGGCUCUCAUGGGAGAAUCUAAGAAGGCACAGGAAGAGAAGCUAAGGUUGAGGCUUGAGAAACGCAAGCAAAGACUUGCUCAAGGAAUGAGUGAGGAAGAUAUAGAUCAUCUGGAGGAAGAGGAGAUCAAACAGGAGGAGGAAGAACUGAAGAAACAACGAAGAAAUAUCCUUCUGGACCUUGACAACAGAUUAGAAGAUGAGAAAGCAGCCCUGUUGGCCGCUCUGCGAGGUCAGGGCGACAGACUUCAGAGUGAGAAGGAGAGACAAGCAGAGCUAGCCAGGCUGAGAAGAGAACAGAGAAAAGCAAGGCAGGAGGAUAAGUUUGAAGCUGCUGCUCUUGUCAUGGGGCUAGCACAGAAAGCAGAUGAUGCGAAGGAGAAAGACCGUAAGCGACAAGAGCAGCUGGCCAAGGAGCGUCUGGCUCAGAGACGUCGCCUGAAGGCAGCUGCCACAGAGACCAAGGAGACUGUGACCCCUGUGAUGCUGCCAGAGAAUGAGAAUGACAAGCAGGGUUUGCAGGAGGCUGUUAUCCAAGAGAUGGAGAUGAAACACUCAACUGAGAGAGAUUUCCUCAUGCAGCUGGUGCAAGAUGAGAGCCAGGGAGAUCUCAGGAAAACAGCAGGGCUUAUGUCUGAGGACAAACGUCAACAGAAACUUGGUGAACUGAAGGAGCAGCGUCGACAGUGGAGGGAAAGUGGACCCACCAAGGAGACUGAGGACGAACAGACAGAUAUUCUCCGGAAAGGAGUAGCUGUCUUGCUUGAAAGUCGUCUCAUUGGGAUGAAAGCUAUCCAGGGUGGAGAGGCCACUGACGGGGACGUAGAGGUCAGUCUCAUCGCUGACCUUCAAGAGAAACAGGACAAAGAGGCUGGCUAUCUCAUGGAUGAUCUUGAGAGCAAGAGUGCAAUGACCUUAAAGCAGUUGAAGCAGGUGCAGUUCAUCGCCCGAGCCAACGGAUGGAAUGACAAUGUGGCUGCCACCGUCCUGGUGACCAAGUCUGAUACAGAGAUGGUGACUGAGGAACAACUCUUGAAAGCUUUGGAGAGCAAAUAUGAUGUGAUGAGAGAUAAACUACUGGCAGAGGCUUUGAUCAAGCAGACAGGCGAAGCAGAGUGGGCCAAGCUCACUGAACGUGAGCGUCAGGCUCGUCUUAUGAAACUCAAGCUCCAGGAACGUAAGAUGAGACAGGAGAAUAAGUUUGAUGAGGCCAACUCCCUACUCAGUCAGGGCAUCAAGGAUCAAGCAGAACUGGCUCGGUUGCUAGGGGCAACCAAGACAGAGCAGGAGGAGAAGUUGAAGCAGCGUCUUGAGAGAAAGAAGCAGUUGAAGGAGGAACGUGAGGCCCAAGGAUUGGAGGCCAAUGAUGAGGUGUUGGAUGAGAUCGUUCAACAUGAGAUGUCUCGAAAAGAAAUCUUGGAAGACAGAAAGAAGAGACAUAACAUUCUUGAAGGACUAAACAACCACUUUGAGGAUGAGAAGAAUGCUCUGCUGGCUGCGUUGAGGAGUCAGGACGAUACCCUGCAGAGUGAGAAGGAGAGACAGCUGGCCCUGGCUAAGCUCAGGAGGGACCAACGCAAGCUGCAGGAUGAAGAGAAGUUUGAGGCAGCUGCUGCCCUCUUUGGAUUGGCACAGCAGCAUGAGAAGACCAGAGAGGCCAACUACGAGAAGGACAAGGAGCGUCAAAAGCAGCUUGCUAGGGAGAGGCUGGCAGCUAGGAGAGCCAAGAUGGCUGGUGAUGAGAAAGGGGAGCAGGCCAAGCAUCUUACUAGGUCUGACAUCCAAGAACAGCUCUUGCUGGAGGAGAAGGAGAAUGCCAAAGCGGAUGCAGCACAUGCCACCAAGUCAGCCAAGGGAGAUGUUCUUGUUAUGAAUCAAGAUCCGGUAUCCCUGGUUUCUACGGUGAUGGAUGAGGUAGAUAAGAAGCAGAGCAGUGAGCGAGAUGUCCUGGUCACUCUCAUAGAUGGUGCCAUGGCUAACUCCAAGGAACGCACAAGGCUGGAGGAACUAGCUCUCAAGGACCUGUUAGCCCAGCUGGAAGCCCUGAAAGAGGAGAGACGUCAGCUGCGUGAGGAUUCUGAUCUGGAGUUUGGUGAUGUAGACGUGAGUGGGCUUAGUGAGGAGGAGCUAUCCAGACAUCUCACACAGGUCUCUGAGUAUCAGGAGCAGCAGCAUCGACUCCUCAAGAGCGCUAUAAACAUCAAGAUAGAAAUGAUGCGGCGUUCCUUGAUUGAGGAGAAGCGUUUAUCACUAGAAGAGAUUGAGGAGGAGCUUGCUGUCAUGAUGUUAUCAGAGCUUCAACAGAAACAGAGUGUAGAGGUCAAUGCUCUUCAUCAUGUUCUAGAAGGCUUCCCGAAUGAAGAGUUCCUUCACCAGAUGAAGGUCACCCAGCGCAGAGCUCGGCGGGAGGGAUGGCUGGACAAUGUGGCGGUCACUGUGUUUGACCACACUACGGUCACCCUUGAGAUGACCACAGAGAUCGAGGAGAUGACUAGAAGGAUCCAGGCUAGAGAGGGCGCCCUGCUGACCAUGGACAAAGAGCUUGAGGAGAAGAAGGCAGAGGUUAUGAAGAAUGAGAGUGGCAGAACUGCAGAGGAACUAGAUGCAAUGAUUGCCAAGCUAGAGAAGGAGUAUGCAGAUAGAAAGAAGGCUCUUGAAGAGGAGCAGACCAGGGAGAGGAGGCAGGAGGCAGAGAUGAAAGAUGUCAACCAGGAGCUGGAGCAGAAGGAGCAAGAUCUUCAGAACCUGGAACAGGAAAUGCAGGAAGCCAUUGAGAACGACAAAAAGCGUAAACGUCGUCCAAAUGAGGAGUUUGAUGCAGAGGCUAUGAUGGCAGAAAUUGAGGCUCAGUUUGCUGCUAAGAAAAGGGCAAUGCAAGUUCAGCUUGAGAAGCAGCGUCGUCAGGCGAUGGAGAAGAUAGCCGCCAGGAAGCAGAGAAUGGAAGAUAGAAACUAUGAAGAUGAGAUGGCUGUGGCUCUGAUUCAUGCUGCAGAGAAGAGUAAAACUCAGAAGGAAGAGGCAGCAGUGGAGCAGAAGAACAAACAGAAUCAGCUGAUGCAAGACCGCUUGGCUGCCCGGCGAGAGCAGAGACGCAAGGCGGCGGAGGAACGGGCAGAAACAGAGAGACUGGCCCAAGAAGAACAGAAGAAGAGAGAGGUCUCUUUUGAAAGAGAGAAGGAGAAGAGGAAGAAGGUGAACUUUGAAGCCGAGGCUGGUCCUGGUCUGAUGCGAGAGAAGACGGUGCUGGAUGUGGACAUGUCCGAGGAUGAGAAGCAAAACCUGUCUAAGAUGCUCCUCUCUCACCAUAGCAACGCACAAUGGAAGAUGGAGAAGGAGCGAGAGAAAAGGGCAAAUGAGCUUAAAGAACGACUGGAAAUGCGCAAGACUCGUAUCCAGGAUGCUGCAACCACCAUCUUGGGACUGGGAGAGAGACAGAAAACUAUGGUGGAGAAUAAAAAGAAGGAUGAAAGGGAGCGUCAGAUAGCGCUGGUGAAGGAACGUGUGCAGCGUGUACGGUAUGAACGCACCCAGACCAUGAAGUUCAAAGGUGACGACAAGAAACGGUUCAAGGACUACCUAGAGAAGGAGGAUUCUGGUCUGUCAGAGGAUGAGAAGAUGACGAAGAUAGCUGACCGGAUUAAUAGCCAGUUUAAGAGGCAUGAGUCCAGCUAUAGGGCAGGACACAAGAGUGCCUUUGAACCUGAUGAGGAUGAACUUGCAUCAAAUUCCUCCGGUUCCAAGCCCGCCACGCCCCAGGGCUCCGCCCGACCCAAAACAGGGCGUCUCCUGGGCCAGAAGGAAAGAGAGCAAUUGAUCAAGUCUCGCCAGGCCAAGAGGAGAGAGAUCAAGAAGGUCAACAACAGUAUCUCAGCCGCACCCGACAUGGACUCCCUCGCCAAGAUGAUUGAGGACCGCAAGAAAGCCGGUAUGCAGCAGGAGGAGGAGGAGGAGGAUAAUGGAAGUGAGGUUUAAAGAGAAAGAGAUACUUGUGAGGAGGAAAAUUUGGUGAUGAGCAUUUUUCAAAUUUUGGUUUCAUUUGAAAGAACUCAACAUUUGAGACAUGUGGUGUGCUUGGUUGACCAAAAAACAAGGGUUAUCCAUAGCUUUGAGUUCAGACAAUUUCCAAACUUUUUCUUUCAUUUAAUCAAACAACAAAUGUUCCCAUGUUAGUGUUUAGAAGGAAGAUAUUUUAAGCUAUGUAUGCUUGGUCCAAAUUUAUGGUGCACUCAUGAAUUUUGGGGGCAGGAUUUCCUGCCCCCAACAGUAUGGAAGGGCAAAAUAAAUAAAUCUUUAAGCCAUAAAUAUGAUCUAUAUUCUUGAUAUUUUCCUUAAAAAAGAUGUUGCAUCAUGAAUAGAAUAGAAUAUUACUUCUAUGAUUCCAAGAUACUGAUAUCAUGACAAUCAUUGCUGUUUAGGUAUGCCUUUAUUGAAAAGAGAAAGGAAAAGAAAAUCAGAUUUUAAAGAAUUUAUUAUGUAGAUAUUUAUUGCAUGUUAAUGAAUAUUCUUUAAAGACUGAAUUCAGCAUUCGAAUGUUACAAUUGUGAGAAAAAUAUAUUGUGCAAUGGCAUACUCAAGAUAGAAAUGAUUUCUGUUCCGUUAUGUAUUGUAAUAUAAUUCUAGUAAUUUCCCUAUGCAUUGACAUAUUCCUUUUUUUUUAUACUUUUUAUCAUUAAUUCAGUAAUUAUUAUGUAUUUGUGGUUGAUGAGUUUCUCUGUAACUGUUUAAUUGUUAUGUAAAAUAUGUAGUUGUGUACAUGUACUUCAAUGUGGAUAUAAUAUUUAUUCUCAAUUUCAGUCUAGACUAGCAGCAAUGUAACUCAUUAUUGGAGAAUAAAGAUUUGUGCUUGUCUACUCCAUGACAUUUCAGGUUACUUUAUUAAGUUAGUUUUUGAUAAUUAAUUUUCAUACUUCCUCACCUAGAUGUUUGCAGACUUGAAAAUUCAUUGAUUGAAACUGAAAUUAACAUUGUAUAAUAUAUGUUUCAAUAAAUCACACUUUAAUUUAUCUUGCAAAUUAGAAUUGUUAAUAGAUUUAGCAAUGACUUGAAAUGUAUUCUUUAUGAUUCUUACAUGUGGGUAUACAUUCUAGUAAUACACACAUUUGAUAAAUUUGAAUGUGCAGUAGUAUAACAAAAGAGGGAAAAAGAAUAUAUAAUCAUAUUCAAGUGCAUUUACCUGUACAUGUAUUUAGACAAACCAGGUGUCUAACAUAUCCAGCUUGGAUUCAUAGAUAAGAUGUAAAAGCAUAAAAACAAUGAAAUAUUAACCAAGAUAAUUAUAAUGAUUUAUGUUCUCUACUUGACAGAAUAUACUUAAUCUUUAGUUGAUACUUCUAAAUGUACUUUGUCCAUAGUAGUAUGGCAACGGAAUGUUUCAGUAUAUUAAUAUAUAGACUUUGUUAUCAAAAUCAAGAGAUAUAGAUAUAUAGUUUUUAUAGCAAUCUUUUACUCUAUAAUGCCUUGAUGCCUUAAAUUCAAAUCACCUUUAUUCACAAAUUGAAAUGUAAUCAAUAUACAUAUACUAUUUUUUUAUCAAUUCAAUUUAUUGUAUAUAUGUCCAUGUCUUUCAUGAAGGUGUGCAUCCGUCCAUUUUCUAUUCAUUAAUACAUGUACUUUAUUGUGAUUCAUAUCGUAAUUAGUAGCAUCACUUAUUUUCUAAUCAGGCAUUUUUUCAGGCAUUUGAUAUAAAUUAUUAUUGAGAGAUAUUUAGAAAUGAGUCAUAAAAUGUAAUACAUCUCACUUAUAUACAUGUAGUGUGUUUUAUCACCUGUAUUUUAUUUUGUGUGUGAUAGUUUGUUUGCUGUUCAAUAAAUAUCUUUUAAUCCACUUACAGAAA